GCAGGUCUGUCCAGGACUAUUUACUCCAGUAUAAAACUGAGAGCAGAAAUAUGAUCACAGACUGGGAAGUCUAAUCAAUUCUGGUUUCAACACUGAGCCAAUUUAAAAUAGAUAAUGGAAUUGCUGUUCCUUGUUCUGUUCUCUCUGCGCAUUCUCAAGACAGAGGCAGUAGUUGGAGGUCAUUGGUGCUAUCAGUCACAGAAGUAUGAUCAGCCAGACUGUGAAGUAGAGCCUCGACAGUGGUAUCAAGUAAAUAUUGCCUGCAAAGGAAACAAACAGUCACCUAUCAACAUUGUCACCAAAAAUGUCAUUUAUGAUAAGAACCUCAAGCCACUGAACUUUGAAGGAUAUGAUGUGAAGGGGUCUUCGAAAUGGAACAUAGAAAAUAAUGGACAUACAGUUAAAGUAGAGUUAAGUACAUCCCCUAAAAUCGGAGGAGGAGGUCUGAGAAGGAAAUACAAGGCAGUAGAGUUUCAUUUGCACUGGGGAAUAGAAGGUGUGGCACAAUACCUUCCCGGGUCAGAGCACAGCAUAGAUGGAGAAAAACAAGCCAUGGAGCUUCAUAUUGUCCACAUAAGAGAGGAUGUUGCAGAUGUAACAGAAGCAAAGAAACAUGCAGAUGGUGUGGCUGUAUUAGCAUUCUUUGUAAAGAUUGAAGAAGAAAACAGAAACUAUGCAACUCUAAUAAAGCAACUGGAGAAUGUAAAAUACAAAGGGGAAACAGCACAGAUGGAACCUUUGCCACUGAGUUCUCUUCUCCCACCUGAGGAAGAACUUGGAAGGUACUAUCGGUACGAAGGCUCCCUCACCACUCCUGACUGCUAUGAGGGUGUCACCUGGACAGUGUUUGAGAAGCCUAUUGAACUCGGUAUUGCUCAGAUUUCUCAGUUUUCAACACUCCACUUUGAUGGGAAGAACUCAACUCUCAUGGUUGAAAAUUUCCGACCUGCUCAGUUCCUGAACAAACGCAAGGUGUACUGGUCCAGUGCCAGCAGCACCCUCCUGCCUCCUACUAAGGCUCUAAUGUUGGUCCUGAUGCUUCUGUACAUCCUGACUUCUCUUUUCCAGUGAACUCUUCUCACCUCAUUCAAGGUUCUGACCUGUUUGGAGUUUUUUUUGUUUGUUUGUUUGUUUGGGGUUUGUUUUGUUCUAAUUUUAUUACUGCUGUUGGGUUGUUGUUGGUUUUUUUACCAAGUAUUCUCACUCCUCAAUCAUAUUUGAACAUCAAAUUUAACCUUCUUCUCCUCCACACACUAACUAAAGAAUUCAGUUGCUGCUUUUAUACGGAAUGAACUCUAUUGCACUAAAUCAUGGAAUAUGAAGGAACUGUAAGAUAAAGCUAUGAAGAUUCAAACAAAAAACCCCACAACACUUCCAGAAAACACUAAGAUGGAUUAUCUGCAAGCCUGUAGUUUUAACACAACACUGGAGGGUCACUUCACAAGCUCUACAAAGUACCUUCAUGUGAAAUCUGUUCCUAAGUGCCUGUGAAGAGUUUUGUUUGGAGUGUGUUUACAUUCAACAUUCAAAUCAGGAAGAUGGUAACAUGUGGAGCAAUUCCUAUCAUCCCUACCUUGUCCCACACAAGGGUACAACAGAGAACAAGAUUAAAAAUGCUCACACACAAUGAACAAAGUCUGGGUUGCUGUAUCUGGUGAAGGAUAUGUGACAAAUUUCAUGUGUACUAACACAAUUUACUCCCCAUCUUCCUUCAGAACAUCUAAAAUUAGUUUUUAGAUAAGGAUGCUAAAUUCCUUUCAUCUAAUCUACUGGUUCUAGAUUUUGGGGGUUUCUAUUAAGACUAUUUAUUCAUCCCAGUAUAGAAGCCUACUCUGGGUUGUCCAUGGUCAAUCUGAUGUGCUAGAAAGAAAAAAGGCAGCCCAACCCCAUGUACCAGUUGCACACCUGUGGAAGUUCCCUCUCUUUGGAAGGCUGCAUUUGAAGGAUGAGACUGGUGAGCCUUUGUGGUUUUCAUCUGCUUAAUAAAAUGAGACAGCUCAAGAAAUGGCUUUCUCUAAUACCACAUUUAGAAUUUAGAAUCAUAGAAUCAUAGAUUCAACCAGGUUGGAAGAGACCUCCAAGAUCAUCCAGUCCAACCUAGCACCCAGCCCUGUCCAGUCAGGUAGACCAUGGCACCAAGUGCCUCAUUCGAUUUCUUCUUGAGCACCUCCAGGAACAGUGACUCCACCACCUCCCUGGGCAGCCCAUUCCAAUGCCAAUCACUCUCUCUGCCAACAACUUCCUCCUAACAUCCAGCCUGAACCUGUCCUGGCACAACUUGAGGCUGUCCCCCCUGGUUCUCUUGGUGGUUGCCUGGGAGAAGACACUAACCCCACCUGGCUACAGCCUCCCUUCAGGUAGUUGCAGACAGCAGUGAGGUCUGCCCUGAGCCUCCUCUUCUCCAGGCUGCACACCCCCAGCUCCCUCAGCCUCUCCUCACAGAGCUGUGCUCCAAGCCCUUCACCAGCCUUGCUGCCCUUCUGUGGACACAUUUCAGUAUCUCAACAGCUCUCUUGAAUUGAGGAGCCCAGAACUAGACGCAGUACUCAAGGUGUGGCCUGACCAGUGCUGAGUACAGAGGAAGAAUCUGAACAUUUCAAUGCUAAUAUU